AAAUCUUGCUGGGAUCUGAAACAGAAACAGCAGUUCCGCCCUCCCCUGAUUUCCUUGCGGAGGGGGCUUUACCCCCAGGAUGUAUUCCCAAGGACGGCAUGCUUCCGGGCAGUCUUUUAAAUUCUCGGUGUUGGAGAUUUGUGACCGAAUUAAGGAAGAAUUUCAGUUCCUCCAGGCUCAGUAUCACAGCCUGAAGUUGGAAUGUGAGAAAUUAGCAAAUGAAAAAACAGAGAUGCAGAGGCAUUAUGUUAUGUAUUAUGAGAUGUCAUAUGGCUUGAAUAUUGAAAUGCAUAAGCAGGCUGAGAUUGUCAAGCGGCUGACUGCUAUCUGUGCCCAGAUCAUCCCCUUUCUCACGCAAGAGCAUCAACAGCAGGUGUUGCAAGCCAUGGACCGGGCCAAGAUGGUGACAAUGGGAGAGCUGAACAGCAUCAUUGGGCAGCAGCAGCUACAGCAUCUCUCCCAUCACGCCCCCCCAGUUACCUUGGCCCCCCACCCGUCGGGGUCUCAGGCUUCCAGCUUGGGUGUGGUCAGCACUGCCUCUGGGCUUCUGGCUCUCUCAGGGAUGUUGGUGGCACAGAGCACCCUUGGAGCAAAGCAAGAGAAUGCCGGGCAGGACUCCGAAAACAGUCAAGGGAAGUCACGGAGUCCGAGCAAUUCUGUGUCUCCUCCUGAGAGCCUGCAAGAGGAGGAACGGGGGGACGACAGCGGGGCGAAGGCCAAACAGCAGGGGAAGGGCGAGGUGGGGUGUUACGAGAGCGAUGGGGAGCGGAGUGAUUGCAACCUGACUGUGGACGAGGACCCUCCUUCUGAGCACGGGAGUGCUUCUGCCUCCCAACUCAUGCCCAGCCAAAGGGACUUUGCGAACAGCCCAGCCUCGCUGGCUUCCAGUCGGAGCACCACACCUCUCAAAGGCAAGGACCCGAAUUUGAAUGAAACCAGCACAGCUACUUGCAAAUCAGCCAGCUUGUCUCCAGUCUCCGAAAUGCUGACUCCCAGACCUGGCCCAAGUUGUGCUCCUCAGAUCCCGAAACCAUCCACCACCGAUAUCAUCACCUUGCGGAGCCCACUCAAUUCUUUCACAAGCUCCUUCGCUGCUUCCUUCGGGGUGAUGCCACACGCCGCCCUCAAUGGCGAAUUGGCUGCACCGAGUUCCUACGUCAGCAUCCAUCUUUCUCCAGGCCCGGGAGUGUACGGGCGGUCUCCCAUGGUGGCUUUUGAAUCUCACCCGCAUUUGUGUGGCUCCGCCAUCUCGGCCUCCCUCCCUGCCGUUUCCAGCAGCAAGCCGGCCUAUUCCUUCCACAUCAGCGCCGACGGACAGAUGCAGCCGGUGCCCUUCCCGCCCGAUGCCCUGAUCGGCUCUGGCAUCCCACGCCACGCCCGCCAGCUGCACACACUGACCCAUGGCGAGGUGGUCUGCGCUGUCACCAUCAGCCACUCCACCCAGCAUGUCUACACGGGGGGGAAGGGCUGCGUGAAGGUGUGGGACGUGGGGCAGCCUGGCCCCAAGACCCCCGUGGCCCAGCUGGACUGCCUGAACCGAGACAACUACAUCCGGUCCUGCAAGCUUCUCCCCGACGGCCGCAGCCUCAUCGUUGGGGGAGAGGCCAGCACCCUGUCCAUCUGGGACCUGGCGGCCCCCACCCCCCGGAUCAAGGCCGAGCUGACCUCCUCAGCCCCCGCCUGCUACGCCCUGGCCAUCAGCCCCGACGCCAAAGUCUGCUUCUCCUGCUGCAGUGACGGCAACAUUGUGGUCUGGGACCUGCAGAACCAAACCAUGGUUAGGCAGUUCCAGGGUCACACGGACGGGGCGAGUUGCAUCGACAUCUCCAACUAUGGCACCAAGCUCUGGACGGGGGGCCUGGACAACACCGUGCGCUGCUGGGACCUGCGCGAGGGCCGGCAGCUGCAGCAGCACGACUUCAGCUCCCAGAUCUUCUCCCUGGGCUACUGCCCCACGGGAGAGUGGCUGGCAGUCGGAAUGGAGAGCAGCAACGUCGAAAUGCUCCACGUGACGAAAUCCGAGAAGUACCAGCUCCACCUUCACGAGAGCUGCGUCCUCUCCCUGAAAUUUGCUUCCUGUGGCAAAUGGUUUAUCAGCACGGGCAAAGACAAUCUGCUUAACGCCUGGCGGACUCCCUACGGUGCCAGCAUCUUUCAGUCCAAAGAAUCUUCCUCCGUCCUGAGUUGUGACAUCUCGGCCAACGACAAGUUUAUUGUGACCGGAUCAGGAGACAAGAAAGCCACAGUUUACGAACUGGUGUACUGAGGAGGGGGCACUCCUGAACCUUCCCCAUUCCUAACCCUUGAUGGCCAGGAGGAUGAGAAAGUCCAAGGAAGGGUCCUUUCUCCCUGCUGACAACCAAACGCUUUCCGUCCUCCGGUAAAAUGUAUUUCCCCCCCUGGCUUGGGAGAUUGUGGUGCUGAAAUGGCCUGGGCGCUUCCAACCCUCCUUGCAGAUGCAUGAGGACUAGAAACUUAAAAGCUGAGAUUCUCAGGAAGACAUUUUUCUCCUCUCAAGAAGCAAGGGGGCUGAUUCAGGCUCUCCUUCAGCAGUGUUUUGGGAAAAGCUCUCCCUGCAUCCUGGCAAGAUGGGGACCUCCCUUACCAGUCC